AUGGUGAGGAAAGGAUCUCAAAAGAGGAAACAAGCUAAGUCUCAAGAAGAAUUGGAUCCAUACGGGUUGAAUGAAGUUGAUGAUUUUGCUUCCAAGAAGGAAAGAGUGUUACUGGAGCAAUCGACCUUAGGUGAUAGACGUCAUGUUUCUGAUGACGAUGACCUAGGAGAUGAUGAAGAGGAAGAAGUUUUGCAUGUAAGUGAUACUGAUGAUUCUGAUGAAUCCGAAAGUGAAUAUGAACAGCAAGAAGAAGAACAAGACUUGGACGGCGCUGAGGCUUACAGGAAAGUCUUUGGCAGAAAGCUUGACCUUGAUCAACCUGUUGAAGAUGAAGAAGGUGGCAUGCUAGGCAAUGAAGAGGCAUGGGGAUCUAAGGGAGAAUACUAUGGUGCAGACGAUUUGGAUGAUGAAGAAACCGCAAAGGAAAUCGAACAGGAAGCUCUACGUCAACAGAAGAAGCAUCUGCAAGAAUUAAACAUGAAUGAUUAUCUAGAUGAUGAAGUGGAAGAAGAAUGGGUCAAAAGUGCAAAAGAAUUUGACAUUGGUGAGUUCCAAAGCUCAACCAAACAAAGUGAUAGCACUAUUUCCAUUAAAGAUAUACUCAAUAUGCAAGAUGAUGCCAAACUUGAAUAUCUGAAAACAAUGUUCCCAGAAUUCAUGCCAUUAUGUAAAGAAUUAGCGAACUUAUCAGAAGUGCUGAGUGAUCUAGAAGCAAAAGAGGAAUCUGAAUUUAAUCGGUUGAAGAUAAUGGCGUUAUGCACGUAUCUUGGUACUAUUUCAUCAUAUUUCGGUAUCCUAUUACACGAACUACAUGAAAAUGAAGAUUUCUCUACGAUGAAGGACCAUCCUGUGAUGGAAGCUAUCUUAAUGUCGAAAGAAGUGUGGAGACAGGCGAAGGAAUUACCAGAAGAUUUCGACCAAACUACUACUCAUGAUGAUAUUGUAGAGGGUCAAGAAGAUGAGGAAAUUGAACAAGAGCAACUCAGUGAAGACGAUAUCAAUGAUAUCAGUGAGCUCGAUGAAGACAUGCACAUUAAUUCCGAUGGUUACAAGAACGAUGAAGAAAGCAACAAGCAAGAAGAUGACGACGAUGUGGAUUUGGAUGAUUUCGAGGAAUAUGUUGCACAAUCUCGUGUCCCUAAGAAGAAACUGAAUAAGCAAGAUAUAUCAAAGGAGAUCACUGAUGACUAUAUCGAAUCUGAUAUGGCAGAUGUCGAUGCACAAGAGAAGAAAUCACGUAGGAGAACCUUACGUUUUUACACUUCUAAAAUUGAUCAACAAGAGAAUAAGAAGAUUGACAAAUUUAAGGGAGAUGAUGAUAUUCCAUAUAAGGAAAGAUUCUUUGAAAGGCAGCAACGUCUACUGGAGGAAGCUCGUAAGCGUGGUCUAAAUGACCCCAAUGCUAUUCCAUUGGAUGACAAUGAAUACAAUUCUGCCGAUGAAAAUACUUCUAAGUCCGUAAAUAGCCAAAGCGAAAACGACUAUUAUAAGCAAAUUCAACUUGGUAGACAGGGAAGAAAGACUUCAAGAACAAAUGCUCAUAGGAAUGCUGUGCUGGCAGCUAGAGAAGGUAAGUUGGCUGAACUUGCUGAAGAAGUUGGUGAUGAUGGAAAGCGUGCUGUCAACUACCAAAUUCUAAAGAACAAGGGUUUAACUCCAAAAAGAAACAAAGACAACAGAAACUCACGUGUCAAGAAGAGAAAGAAGUACGAGAAGGCACAAAAGAAACUCAAAUCGGUUCGUGCUGUCUAUUCAGGUGGUCAAUCUGGUGUAUAUGAAGGUGAAAAGACUGGUAUUAAGAAGAAUUUGACAAGAUCAGUAAAAUUUAAAAAUUAG